AUAUAAAGGAAUAGAUAUAGAUCUGAGAAUACACAACAAAAAAUAGAUGUUCGAAUUUCUCGGAUCUAGACUAGAUCUGUUGGUGCUUGCGAAGAACAAAAAAUAAUGUUUUUUUCUUCAUAUCUGUUGGUCCGGGGUCCUGCACAUUUCGAUCGUCCCUAGUGCGAGGCUUCCUUGCACCUUUUAUUUGUUUUGGGAUGCGAGCACUCUUCCACGGGUGUUUUAAAAAUAUCAAUUUUUUUGGCCUUGUACCAGUAUAUUUUACAGAAAGUCCAGACAAGCUGGAAGAUGAAGAUCCAGACAUGCCGAGUUCUCUGUCAGUGUCUUUUUUUCUUUCUUUCUUAUUUCUCCCCAGAUCAGAUGAGCAGGAAGAUGAAGACUAACACGAAUACGAUACCGAAAACCUAGACAAGUGGGAAGACGAGGAUCCAGACGAUGUCGAGCUCUGUUUCACUGAUGUGGCGUCAACGACUCUUACUGUUUGCGUCACUCGACUUUUGAAGGAACUCCUAUGGUUUAAGGGCUGGAUCGUGACUAAUUUCCAGAGUCAGCAGCUAUUGUGGCUUGAGACACUGGGAAAGUUCUGACUUUCUCUCUCUAAGGGGCUCUGGUACUUCACCCGCUACCUGUGUAGAUGGACACAAGUCUCAGAGUCUGAUUGCUUUCUAGUAAACAGGCAUAGAGCUUUUGUUCGUUGUUCUGGUUUCCACUGCACUUGAUCUAACUCUACCCUGAUUUUAAUGGGAUCUGAUAUUGCUGAAGUAGUGGACAAACUGCCAGACCCUUAUGCUUUUAAGCUGCCACUAUUAAAGUACAAAGAACUGAAGAAAUUGCUUGAUAGAAUAUCAACAGUACUUCCACUUAUAGAAGCGGCUCAGCCUCCAGGCUCUUCAGGAAUAGAGGCACUAGGCUCGUUAAACGAUUCAAUUGAGAGAGCCAUGCAAUUUUCCAUGUCCUGCUCACGAUCCAGUAAACUUUACCUGGCAGUAAGAGGGAAUAAAAUAGCCUCAAAAUGUCAAAGAUCAAAGAAUUUGUUGGAGGAAAGUUUAAGUCAAAUUCAAACUAUGGUUCCACAUGAGUUGGCUGAAGAGAUCUCUCACAUCAUGGAUGAUCUUACGGGUGCAAAAUUUACCCUGAACUCAUCUGAAGAGGAGGCUAUCAAGGCCGUCAGAAGAUUUCUCCUGCAGUGUGCUUCUGCAUCAGACUUAAUGGAAACCUCUGAGAUUAAAGCUCUUCAAUUGGCAGCUUCAAUGCUUGAUAUCACAUCCCCAGAUGCUAUCCGAAGAGAGAAAAAUUCCAUCAAGAAGAAGCUUCUUGAAGUUAAGUACAGUAACCUAAAAGAAAAAGAUACUUUAAAUUCACUUUUGCAUCUACUAAAGAAGUAUGGACACUUAAUCCUGCAAGAGCCAUCGGCAAAUGGCUGUGUUCAGCAUGAAGAAGCGAUUGCAUUUGAGAAGUGUGGAUGUAGUUCAACCUAUAGCCAAUCUGUGGAAGUGGAAUCCCAGAUCGGAUGCCAGCAUCAUGAAGUUCAGAUUGACUUGUCAAGUAGAGCUAUACCUCCUGAGGAAUUUAAGUGUCCUAUAUCUUCAAGAUUGAUGCAUGAUCCUGUUGUAAUUGCUUCUGGACAAACAUUUGAGAGGAUGAACAUACAGAAGUGGUUUGAUGGCGGUAAUGAAAUAUGCCCAAAGACUAAAAUCAAACUGGCCCAUUUGUCAUUGACUCCAAACAUGGCCAUGAAGGAUUUAAUAUCGAAGUGGUGCAUGGCGAAUGCAGUCACCAUUCCUGACCCAACUAUGAUAUCAGAAGUUCACGCUUGGGAAACUUCUUCCACUUCCAUUGUUAGCUUUGGCAGUUCUAUGAAUAAUCUUCAUCUUCCAGUGGAUCUCAGCAAUGUGUCAGUUGGAUCUUUAGAUUCUAGUUAUGCUUUGGAUUCAUCUCAAAGUUAUGCUUUGGAUUCAUCACAAAGUUAUGCUUUGGAUUCAUCACACACUAUGUCGAAAAAAGAGGAGCAAAAAAGCAACUCUUAUGCAAAGAUACAUGAGAUAGAUACGGAAUAUCUAUCUAAACUGGCUGAACUUCAGUGGGAAAGCCAGUGCAAAGUUGUUGAAGAUGUCAAAAACCAACUGAAUGAAAGUGACCAAGCAUGUCAUUCUAUGUCAUCCGACAAUUUUGUUAGACCCCUUGCUAGAUUUUUGAGGGAUGCACUUCAUCUGCAUGAUGUAAAAGCUCAGCGAACUGGAUCUCAGUUGUUGUCAGCAUUUGUGCGCAAAAACAGAACUGGGAUCUCAUACUUAUGCGAAGAAGCAUUUAGUCUCUUGGUUACUUUUCUUAUUUCAGAAGUAACAGAAGAAGCUCUAGGCGUACUAGAAUUUUUGUCAAGUGACCCGCAUUGCAAGGCCAAAAUUGCAGCAUCUGGUGCUUUAACUUCCAUCCUAAAGAUGCUCGACUCUGACAAUAGAGAUUGCCAGGAACGUGCUAUCAAAAUUCUGUGCAAUUUGUCCUCAAAUUGUGAUAUCUGCUCUCGCAUUGCGUCUUUGGAAUGCAUCCCAAAAUUGGUUCCUUUCUUAGUUGACAGCACUCUUGCAGGAAAUUGUGUGAUUAUAUUGAAGAAUUUAUGCCGUACAGAUGAAGGUAGGGUUUCUAUUGUUGAAACUAAUGGUUGUGUUGCUUCUGUUGCUGCACUAGUUGCAGCUGGCAGUCUUGAGGAACAAGAAAAUGCAGUAUCUGUUCUCCUUUCACUGUGCUCUCAUCGUGUUCAGUAUUGUCAGUUAGUCCUGCGCACUCAGGAGGAUGUCAUUUCCGCUCUUUUUGAUAUAUCCGUCAAUGGUACUGACAAUGGCAAGGUGAGUGCAAGGGAAUUGCUACGGUACUUAAGAGAUGUCAAGCAUAAUGAUGAUCGAGAGUGCUCUGGAGAUGAUAUGGGUGCCUUCAGAGACACUACGAAUCUCUCUAAAGAAAGAAAUUCAUCAAAGGCAUCCGGAUUUCUUGGAAGGAUAUCAAUCUUCUCAAAACCCAAAAAGAAAUGAAAGUUGUCUUCAACUCCUUGUAAACUUAAAGAUUCCUGGAAAUAUUAUGUGAUUAGAUGCUAUGGCAAAUGUAAUGAAGUCUACUUGUAAGUUGUAACUUUCUGUUUUUCAUUCUUUUUUUCCCCCUCUCCUAAACUGUAGAGGUUGUCUGUUGAUUGGAAUGAAGCAAUGAGUUUAUUAAUUACGAAUAAUAGCUUGGCAAGAA